AUGGCCAAACGAUCGUUUGCGCCGGCGAAACUCCCGGUCACGAUUCUCACGGGGUUUCUAGGAAGUGGCAAGACAACGCUGCUCAACCACUUGCUCACGCAGAACCACGGCAAGAAGUUUGCCAUCAUCGAAAACGAGUUUGGUGAAGUCGGUGUGGACGACCAGCUCAUUCGUCAAGUCGCCAGCCCCAAUGACUUAGGCGGGGGCGAUGCCAGAAGCCGCAAAUUCAACAUGGGUGAAGAGAUAUUGACCAUGAACAACGGCUGCAUCUGCUGCUCAGUACGAGGUGACCUCGUUCGGCUGAUUGCGCAGAUCGUCCGACGCAAUGGAGGUCGUAACCAGCUGGAUGGGAUCAUCAUUGAAACUACCGGAAUGGCCGACCCUGGUCCUGUGGUGCAGACCUUCUUUGCUGAGCCUUUGGUGGCGGCAACGUGCAAACUCGACGGUAUCAUCACUGUCGUCGAUGCAAAGCAUAUUUUGCAGCAUUUGUGCCCAGGCGCUGGUGUAGAGCGCGAAUGCCAAGAGCAGAUUGCGUUUGCCGACCGUGUCUUACUAAACAAGACGGACCUGGUUAGCCCGAUGGAGCUCAAGGAGAUUCGGUCUCGGAUCUUCGACAUCAACAGCACCGUGUCGAUCACCGAGUGCCAGCAGUGUCGAGUGGACUCUUCCGAGCUCCUUAACGUCCGGGCUUUCGACUUGGACUCGAUACUGAAGCGACAGCCUGACUUUCUCAAGACCGAAGAGGUCAGUAGCGGUGCGCACGACCACGAAGACAAGAAGGAUAGCACUCGCACCUCGACCCACGAGCACAGUCACGAGAACGAUCAUGAAGACGAGCAACCUUGCGGCAGACGCAGACAUAAUCACGCCUUGGUGUCGUCAGUGGGCUUGGUCUUGCCCGAUCCGAUUCUAGUGGCGCUACUGGAAGAAUGGAUCGAUGACUUGCUAGAGACAGAGGGAGACGAUCUAUUGCGCUACAAAGGCGUCGUCAACGUCGCUGGCAUUGAUCAAAAGUACGUCUUUCAGGGCGUGCAUACGCUGUUCAAUGGUCGCUUUGCCGGCACGUGGGCGCCAGGUGAGACCCGAGAGACUCGGUUUGUUUUCAUCGGCAAGAACCUCGACCGCGAUGCGCUUACUGAAGGGUUCCUGGCCUGUCGAGCUGGUCAAGACCUACGCUUCCAAGUAGGCGACCGAGUGCUUGCUAACACGGGUGAGGAGGGGUUCCAGGCAGGCACGAUCGUGCAGCUUUGGGACCAGGGGAACCCGUACGCUAUUCAGCUUGACAAUGGUCGCAAAACAUGGGCUCCUGUGGACGAGGCUCAACUCGUACGGGCGCUUGCGAGUCAAGAAGAAGAAGAAGAAGAAGAAGAGGAAGCAGAAGAAGAAACGACGAGGCAACAGCCUCCUCUUGCGAUGGUCCACAUACUGGCAUGA